CGAAAGAAAAGCAAAUAAUUAGUGCAAUUUCGACUGGAAAGAAUGUAUCAAUCCCGAUAUCCAAGUGUAGAAACUGCAGUAUUUUUACUCUUAUGUCUGGAUAUAUCAAGGACGGUCGCACAGUUUAACUCAUCAUUUAACUCGAGCUCUACCCUGGAAGCAAGUCAUACAACGAGUCUAAUACUAUCUAUUAGCACUAUUUUGCCCUAUGCAGCUACUGCGGUAGUUAGUGUUCCUUCCUCGCGGACACCUGGUCCUACAAUAGUAAAAGGUUUCUGCCCAAGGGAAGAAGUUGGUUCACGCGAAGCCUAUGGAGUGUUCACGUGGCCAAAAACCCCAGCUGGAAAUGGUUAUAGACAUGCUUGUCCUUACAACAAGAACUCCAACGCGAGUCGUGAGUGCUUGUAUUCCAACAAAACGAAAAGUGGAGGUGCGUGGGGUACAAUUGAGGUCACAGGAUGCGAUUCACAAAACCCUCGCAGUGGAAAGGUCUUCCUAUUGGCGCAGACAAAAGUAAACGUUAGCAACGUUGUCAAAAUAUCCAAACAGUUGAAAAACUUGUCGGUUGUUGAUGAAGAGAGCACUCUUCGAGCUGGAGACAUUGUCAAUAUCGCCACAAUAUUAGGAAACAUUGCUGCGGUGGGGGAGAAAGCAAACGAGAUUCUCGACGAUUUUCUGGCCACAGUAGACAAUGUACUGGACGCCGAAAUAGGGGAUCUCUUAAAGGGUCAAGAGAAGCAGAAUUCUUCAUCAAGGAUUGUCGAAGCCUUGAACAUGGUCGCAGAAUCAUUAGAUAUCGGUCCCGAAGGAACAAUUGAUAAGGCCGAAAGAAACUUCCUUAUUAACUUACAAGCCCUGAAGCCGCAAAACUUUAGUGGGCUUAAUUUCUCCGGAAUCAUCAAAGAACCUGAUAAAUUAGAGAAAAAUAGCACCUCAAAAAAAUUAGGUGAUGGCGUUUCGGACACUUUAUCUCCUUCUCUGAUUGUUCCUCGGUCCAUAUUCAAUGAGACAACGUACAAAAACAGUUCCGCAAACCAGGUAGUGAUUUUUUUACUCUACAAAGAAACAAAGUUUUUUAGACUGUCAUUGGCGGAUACGAGUACGACGUCAAGUCGCCUGAAUAGUCUUGUAAUUGCUGGAAGUAUCAAAGGAUUAUCUGUUGAAAAUUUGAGCGUUCCAGUUUAUAUUGCACUGCCAAUGAUCGAACCAGGGGACACGAAAAGCACUCUGUGCUCUUACUGGGAUCUCAACAUAGGGGAUUGGUCGCAGGAAGGUUGCAAGUUUGAACGCGUUCUUGAAGAUGGAAGGGUGCUUUGUAGUUGUAAUCACUUCACUAACUUUGCAAUGUUGAUGGAUGUCUAUCCAGGAGAGAAAACUGUACAUGAUAAAAUUCUUGGUAUAGUUAGUUACGUUGGUUGUGGGCUAUCACUGAUCGGGCUAACUUUGACAAUCACUAUGAUUCUAAUAUUAAGGAAUCUUCGAAAUCAAGUUCCAAGCCAGAUUCUGCUGAAUUUCUGCGUUGCUUUGUCAUUAACGUUGAUUGUAUUCCUGGCUGCUGUUGAGAGGUCAAAGGCAACGUCAUUACCAAUAGUUGGCUGUCGAGCAGCGUCAAUCGCCAUUCAUUACCUGUUGUUGGUGACAUUCUUCUGGAUGGCAGUACAAGCAUUCAAUAUGUACCAGGCAUUUGUGAGAGUGUUCACUCAUUCGCGCCUUUCCAAAACCAAGUUCAUGAUAAAGUGCUGUCUUUUUGCAUGGGGCACCCCAGCUCUGAUAGUUAGUAUAACGGCGAUUUUCACCCUGGAUAAGUAUGGCGACAAAACCUACUGUCGAUUACACGGAGUACCGUUUAUCGUGGCGUUUUUGGCCCCAAUUGUUCUUAUCCUGGUUGGCAACAUCGUGGCAUUUUACUUUAUCAUUCGCUCAUUGCUCACGUCCGGUGCCAAACUAACCUCAGACAAAAAAACGACAGGAUUUCAGCAUGCUAGACGGGGAAUUGCGAUUAUGGUACUGCUCGGUUUGACCUGGCUUUUCGGUAUUCUCGCCAUUGGAGAUGCUAAACCAGUGUUUCAAUACUUGUUUUGCAUUUUUAACACACUCCAAGGUCUGUUCGUGUUCAUCUUCUUUGUUGUUCUACCCAGUGGAACCAGGCAAAAUCUUCGUGUACAAAAUCCGAUCGUACAUAAUCGUCCUCAAAGUCGUUCAAAUCAGUUAAAACGUCGGGAAGGAGACAGCUCCCAUUUCAAUAACAUAGCUGAUACUACCACCAAUCAGUCGACACCAGCUACGAGUGAAAGAAAAUUUUUCAAUGUAAGUAAUGAUAAUCGGGCUAUUGUGAGCCCUUGGAAGAGUAUCGAGAAACCUGAUGAAGCAAAUUACAAAGGCAAAGAGCAUCUGGACGCCCCAUCUGAAAUUUAUUGACGAUGUAUGGACUAUACCCAAAACAGUUUAACGGGUUUGUAAGUGCCAAAAAAAAAAUGGGGAAAAUCAUAUCACGAAUGUGUUAGUUCGCAAGAUUCAAAAUACAUUUUGUUAGUUAAAAUGGCGCGGGGAAAGGGAAAAUAAUUUAGAUUGCCCGUUAUGUAACAAGUACUUAGUGUGUACCUUGGAUUCUUUUUUCUCGCUCUUUCGCUAAAUUAAAAUUGAUAUUUUCAACAAAAUCGUAGGCAGUUAAUCCUCAUUAAAGCCAAAUCGCUGUAUUUCUCAAAAU